AUGGCCACAGCGGCUCUUCUGAAUUUAGCACUAUCUCACCUCUACUUCCCUUCAAGCACAGCAGCCGCUUUCCCGUGGACAAACGCCGCCAACAUGCACGUCACCAGGCCAAAAUCUGCCAAGGGACGCAUGAGGCCAAGCUUCAAUUACUCUCCGAGCGUGGAAGCCUGUCCUUGUCGAGUGCCACCUUCCCCGCUGCCAGCAGCUCCCCACAAAUUAGUGAACAGCCGGAAAGCAUCAGUCACAAAACCGGCAUUCCCGCCCGGCCAGGUGUCUCCUGAGGAAAUCCCAGAGCUCCUGCAGCAAGUGCCUUUGAGGACCUCCUCUUCCCUGAACAAGUACAGGGUGCUCCCCUCCAUCGGCCAGAAGGGCGUAGGAAUCAGUGCUGUGGAAGGGGUGGCUGAACAGAUCGACCAGCUGAAAGUGAGUGGGGAGCAGGAGGAUGCUCCGAAAAUCAAAACUCUUUCUGGAGAACAAGGCUCUGCCAGCAUAUUGUCUGAAACCGAUGUCCCCAGUGAAGAAGGUUUACGCGCGCAGUGUCCUCCCAAGAAGCCAGGCAGGAAAAUGAGGCAAGAGAGCUCUUCGAUGUCGACUUUAAAUUUGGAAGAGCUGCCGAAAGAAGAGUCGCAAUUGCUGCUCGCUAUUCGAUCUCCCUCUGGUCAGAGAUUUGAACAUCAUUUCAAGCCCACAGACAGUCUCCAGGCAGUCCUUGCCAUGGCAGAACAGAAGACGUUGGCCGAGUACAAAUGCUGCAGCAUUGAAACGAUGGAGGUGCCCAGAAGGAGUUUCUCUGACCUUACGAAGUCCCUCUGCGACUGUGGGAUUCUCCACAAGUCCGUGCUGUGCAUCCGACUAAAGGAGCAGCACGACGCAGAUCUGUAG